AAAAAAAAAAAAAUCAAGAUCAGACAACUAGUUUUGAAAAUACGACUGGCUUUCUUUCAAUUAUCACAGAUAAUCCAAUUUAUGGAAAGAAACCAAACUGAAUUAGGUAUUGGAGUCAUUUCAUUUCAUUAACGGUGGAGAGAGUUUGAUGGAAUGUUUUGUAUGAGCUUGAUAAUGGUGCCUUCAUGGCCUAAAAGUCUUAAAAGCAUGAAACGACAUCAUUCUAGAAUAUAACACCACCACUGCUCUAAUAGCAUAUUUUAUUUUUCACAAUUGGGUGUCUGAUUCUCAAAUGUAAUCAUUCAUAAAACGACACCAACCAAAUGCUCAAAAAGAUGCUCAUUCAAAUACCCACUGCUCUGUCCAAGUCCAACAAAAGUUUCUCAUACUCAUAAAAACAUAGAUUCAGUAGGUGAUUUUCUUCAAAGCUUGAUGAAUAUGGAGUGGUUUUUUACAAGUAAUCCCUUUGCAUCUGCAAUCUUCACACUGCUGGCGAUACUAACUGGAGUUCUGUGCUACCUGUAUGGGCCUUACUGGGGAGUCAGGAAGGUUCCCGGCCCCCCACCAAUCCCAUUGGUAGGACACAUUCCCUUGAUGGCAAAGUACGGUCCUGAUGUAUUUUCAAUUCUUGCCAAAAGAUAUGGCCCUAUUUUCAGGUUUCAUAUGGGUAGACAACCACUGAUAAUAAUAGCUGACCCAGAGCUCUGUAGAGAAGUUGGAAUAAAGAAAUUCAAAGACAUUCCCAACAGAAGCAUUCCUUCCCCCAUUUCAGCUUCCCCUCUUCAUCAGAAGGGUCUUUUCUUCACCAGGGAUGCGAUAUGGUCGACCAUGCGAAACACCAUAUUGUCAGUGUAUCAGCCAUCUCACCUGGCUAGUCUAGUGCCCACCAUGCAAUCAUUCAUUGAAUCUGCAACACAAAAUCUAGACUCCUUUAAAGAGGAAGACAUCACUUUCUCCAAUCUUUCCCUCCAAUUGGCCACAGAUGUAAUAGGGCAAGCUGCUUUUGGCGUCAACUUUGGCCUCUCAAAACCACAAUCUGUCAGUGAUUCAAAGAACAGUCCUGAUAACCAAGACAAUGUAAGCGAAGUUUCAGAAUUUAUCAAUCAGCACAUCUACUCUACAACUCAACUUAAGAUGGAUUUGUCAGGCUCUUUAUCCAUCAUAAUAGGUCUACUUGUUCCUAUACUUCAAGAGCCAUUUAGGCAGAUCCUGAAGAGAAUACCUGGCACUAUGGACUGGAAAGUUGACAGGACUAAUAAGAAUUUGAGUGGCCGGCUUGAUGAAAUUGUAUCAAAGAGAAUGAAAAAGAGCAACCAAGAUUCAAAGGACUUGCUAUCACUCAUAUUGAAGGCAAGAGAAUCAGAGACUGUUUCAAAGAAGGUUUUUACACCUGAUUACAUCAGUGCAGUUACUUACGAGCAUCUACUGGCUGGGUCAGCAACAACAGCUUUUACAUUGUCUUCAAUUGUCUAUCUAGUUGCUGGACAUCCAGAAGUUGAGAAGAAGCUGCUUGCGGAGAUUGAUGGGUUCGGUCCAAGAGAUCAGAUGCCAACCGCUCCUGAUCUUCAACACAAAUUUCCCUAUCUUGAUCAGGUGAUAAAGGAAGCUAUGAGGUUUUACUUAGUAUCCCCAUUAGUUGCAAGAGAAACAGCAAAAGAAGUAGAGAUAGGAGGUUACCAUCUCCCAAAGGGUACGUGGGUCUGGUUAGCACUCGGAGUUCUAGCAAAAGACCCAAAGAACUUUCCAGAGCCAGACGAGUUCAAGCCAGAGAGGUUUGAUCCAAACUGCGAAGAAGAGAAACAAAGGCAUCCUUACGCUCUCAUACCCUUUGGAAUUGGGCCCCGAGCAUGCAUUGGUCAGAAAUUUUCCUUGCAAGAAUUAAAGCUCUCAUUGAUACAUUUAUAUAGGCAAUAUUUAUUUCGACAUUCUCCCAACAUGGAAACACCAGUAGAACUUGAAUAUGGGAUAGUCCUCAACUUCAAGUACGGGGUAAAGCUUAGGGUCAUAAAGAGAACAUGAAAAAUGGUGUAUGCUAUAUUUUCUUGAUAGAGCUCUUUGUAUAUCAAUAAACUGUUGAAAAUAAUCUUCGUUCCAAGAACUUGGUUGAAUCACCUUAAUUUUAGUACUAUUUUAAUAUCUA